AUGGCCGAUCACUAUCUUCGUCAAGUCAUUGAUCAUGCUCAGAACAAUAAUCGUCUACGUGGAACAAUGUCUGGAAUCUUCUAUCAAACCGCGUACGCAGCAGCUGGAGCUGGAGCUGGAGGUCUUCUCGCGGGACCACUUGGAGCAAUGUUUGGUACGAUGGCCGGAGCAGUGUAUGGAUAUGCAAACUCGGAUGAUUACUCGAGCGUUUUCGGAAUAAUCAGAAAUUUGGAAGAUGAGGAGAAGGACAUUCUGGCUUCCACGAUCAGAAAUCAUGUUGGAGGUCUCACAUUUUCUGAAUUCGUCAACUGGUUCAAGGAUAUGAAUCAUCAAGCGACUUUCAUGCAGCUGUUGAUGGCCUACUUGGCUGCCAACCAGAAAUCGGCGGGAACUUCCAGACGUUGA